AAUAAAACCUUUACUAUAUUUUCCUUCUAAAAACAGCAUCAAAACGACCAUCAAUUACCCUCAAAACGACAACAAAAAACAAAAAAACAAAUUUUCCUUGAUACUUUCUCGAGAAAAAAAAUGUCUGCUUGUAGUAAAAUCCGAUACAUUGUUCGACUCCGUCAAAUGUUACGACGAUGGAGGAAGAAGGCCGCGAUGACUGCUCGUUGUCGCGUACCGUCAGAUGUACCCUCCGGACAUAUAGCAGUCACAGUAGGCACUGAUUGUAAGAGAUUUGUGGUGCGAGCGACGUAUCUGAACCACCCACUGUUCAAAAAAUUGCUAGCACGCGCUGAGGAGGAGUUUGGUUUUUCGAAUUCUGGUCCGUUAUAUAUCCCCUGCGAUGAAUCAUUGUUCGAGGAAAUAUUAUGUUACCUAGCUCGCUACGAAUCUGAUAAAAACAACGUUGGAUGUUUCAUCAAUUUCGAGGAUUUUCAAAGAUAUUGUCAUGUUGGUAUUCGAAGUAACCUCGAUUUCUGGGCUGAUUCUAGACCUCUUUUGAAUGGAAUCUCCGAUAAGUCCAUUUGGUAAUAUUGAAAUUUCGAGAGUCAAUCAAAAAAAAUUGACCGAAAUUUCAUUAUAUGAGAAGAAUAAAAAAAUAAAAAGAUGGUGAUGAUUUUGAUCCGGGUUCGACUCGUCCGAGUUAGUUCGCCUGCACAGUUAACUCACUUGACUCGGUUGGUUGAUGAGUUUUUUUUUUUUCUUUUACUAAUUGAGGGAAUUAUUCUUUUGCUUAUCGAAAAUAAAAUUUACUGGUAAGUUUAAAGGUUUGUUGAUCGUGUACUAAAUUGUUGCAUUAGUAGUGUAAUUUUAACUUGUUAUAAUAGUUAACUUGUUUAAUUUUUCAAGUUAUUAGUUCGCUUUUCAUGAACAGUUAUUUACAGUUAUCUUUUAAUGAUCAGAUCAAGUAAAAGAUAAAUGUAAAUAAUUGUUCGUGUUUUGUGGAAUUAGUAACAUGAGAAAUAAAACAAUUAAUUUAUUAUAGCAAGGAAAUUUAUACUGAUAGUGUAAGAAUUAUUUACACGGUUAAUAAAAAAAGUUAAAUCCUUUUUUUAUAUACAUUUUUUACGAAAAAUUGAGGUGGGAUGAUCGGGUCACGAGUCAAGAGUGAAGUAUACUCCGGAGAAUGUGAUAGGAGAUGGCAAAACGGUGGGCGAGUCGUUUUUUACCACUGAGUCGUCCCGGGCUCGACUCGGAGUGAAAUUCAACAACACAGAGACAAAUUAAUAAGUACUGUGAUUACUCCUAUUAAUUAAUGGAUUAUCGCUAUUAGCUUAUUGUAAAUUUUUAUUUUUGUGUAACAUGAUUAUUGUUGAUUGAUGAAUCAAAAAAUGUAGAGAAAAUUUAUUCAAAAUCUUAAAUUAUCAGUUUC